UUUUUUUUUUGGGUGAUGAUGUGUUGAACACUCUUACGUUUUUGGGGUAAUUUUAGUUAGGUGUGGAUUUAAUGGUUGAGGAAGGUAUAUGGUGUUUCUUUAUGGAUAUGAAAGAACUCUCGUUUCUGUGAGGACGAGGUUGUUGUUGGAGAUUGCUGCUCAUCUUCUUUACAAGUUUUUAAGUGUUUUGAGAGCUUUCUAGAGUAACCAUGGAUGGAGAGGCUACUUCUUGGAUUAGGAGAGCUAAUUUCUCUCAUACUGUUUGUUACCGUAUGAUAAGCUUAGAAUCAAAUCCAGAUAGGACGACAUCUGGAUUGAAAAGAAUGCCUCUGAGUUCACCUUCUGAUUUGAAAUCACUUGUUGGUGGUGGUACUGAGAUACAGAGGAAUCCACUCACUAAUAAGAAGAGGUCUGUUUCUCCUUCCCCUCAUAUGGCUCUUCCUCAUUCUUUUCAGGAAGCCAAGUCUGAUAUUAAAAGGUUUUCUACUCCACAUCCCAUAAGAAUGGAAUCAGAAAAGGGUAUUAAGGGCAAGGAUUCCUCUGAGAGCAAAUCGUUUCAUCUACGGCCUCUGUCACACUCUGGUCCUAUUAGGGAUCUUAGUACGUUGAAAAUUCAAGACAGGGCAAAGAGCAAGAUAGACAAGAGGUCUUCCAAGUCUGUUGACUACAGAGGCUCUAAAGUUAGUUCUGCAGGAGUGCGUGAAGAGUACCUCAUUGAUGCGUCUAAGGUGUCUUAUGGGGACAGGUUUACUCACGGGGUAUAUAGUCAGCUUUACCAUGGACAAUAUGAAGGUAAAGCUGUUGCUCUGAAGAUUAUCACAGCGCCUGACAAUAGCGACGACAGGUUCUUGGCAGCUCGUUUAGAGAAACAGUUUACCAUGGAAGCCACACUUUUAUCUCGACUAAGCCAUCCGAACGUCGUUAAGUUUGUGGGAGUCAGUACUGGAAACUGUAUCAUCACGGAGUAUGUACCUCGAGGGUCAUUAAGAUCAUAUCUGCACAAGCUCGAGCAGCGAUCUCUUCCUUUGCAGCAGCUAAUUGAGUUUGGUCUAGAUAUUGCGAGAGGAAUGGAGUAUAUUCACUCAAGAGAGAUAGUUCAUCGGGAUCUCAAACCAGAGAACGUGUUGAUCGAAAACGACUUCCACUUGAAGAUUGCUGACUUUGGCAUAGCGUGCGAGGAGGAGUACUGUGAUGUAUUGGGUGAUAACACUGGAACUUAUAGGUGGAUGGCACCUGAAGUGAUAAGACGGAUACCACAUGGAAGGAAGUGUGAUGUUUAUAGUUUUGGACUUAUUUUAUGGGAAAUGGUAGCUGGAGCAGUUCCAUAUGAGGAGAUGACUCCUGUCCAAGCUGCUUUCGCAGUCAUGCACAAGAAUAUUAGGCCGGUGAUACCGAAGGAUUGUCCAACGGCUAUGAAAGAGCUGAUCGAGCUAUGUUGGUCGUUGCAAACAAACAAGAGACCAGAAUUCUGGCAGAUUGUCAAAGUGUUGGAACAGUUUAAGAAGUCUCUGACAAACGAAGGAAGACUCAAUCUUUUACCUAGCCAGAUCUGUCCAGAACUAAAGAAAGGUCCCAAAUUCUGGAUUCAUAAAUUGGGAUCAAUCCAUCAUCACCACAGCGGUGGCGGCAGCACCAGCACCUUAGGCUCAGCCUUGCCUAAGCCUAAAUUUGCAUGAAAGACCCUGUGACUGACUCUCAAUUUUUUUUGUGAAUAGGAAAAGAGCCAGUGGUUAUGUUUUUGUUUAUAAUCAACUGUCUCCGUCUUUACUUUUCAUUGAGUUGGCUUGGUUUUUGUGAAGCCAUCUCUUUUCUUUUUUCUUCUUGAAAUUGAUUCGUUUUGUUUGGAAUAAACAAAGGUUUUAAGA